CGCCUCUCCCUGAUAAUGAACCCCGGCACCGUAGCCACGCCCCCAACCCCCACACAACCGAACGCCCGCUCUCGCUCCUCCAUCUUGGCCGAACUCGUUCGGACAGCAAGUGGACACAGUCGGGCCAUGUUUGACCUGAAGAAGAGGAACAGUUUGACGCUGAACAGCGGCGGCCGCGACGUGGACGAGUUCAGGCGCGUGGCGGUCCGACGGAGGGCGAAAGACACCGAGCCGGAGUCUCACACAGCGGUGAGCAGUGGCGUGUGCGGCUCGUACAGUUGCGGAGGUUCUUGCGGCAGGACCUGCCCAUCGGAUCCAGACGCUAAACCCGAUGAAGACCGAACCAGCCCAUCGAAGAGGAAGCCCUCAAAGCCGCAAGUUCCUCCAAAGCCCGCCCACCUGCAGACCCCGAUGAAGACUGAACCACCUUCUUCAUCUGGGCUCCCCUCGCGGUACUUGAACGUAGACAAGAGUCCAAUCCAAGUGACUUGCUGCCACACGUCACAGAAUCCAAACAAAGCGGGACUGAGUUUUCUCAACGAGGCACACGUAAGCCCCACCAGGCUUUCCCCUUCUCAGAAGAUCCCCAAGCUCAUGAGCAGUCCGACAUUGGGGUCUCCGAGUCCGGGCAAGAGAGUCAUCCGCAGCUGUAGCCCCUCGAGAAAGGGAGGCCACAGCCCGGCCAGGUUGUCUCCGAGAAACCGAAGCCCUCUCUUUGGACUACUGAAGCCCCCGAGCCCCGUUCAGGGGAAGAUCGGCAGCUAUACCCCAACGAAAAACUCUAAAUCCUGGCUGGGAUUACACAGGAUCCCCAGCGGGAAGAUGGACGGACAAGAAAAACAUGCGGGGAAGUCGCUGAGUGUGCCGGACCUGGUCGUCUACGCGGAUGAAAGCGCUCCAUCGAAUAAAGCUGCGGAUUCUUCCUCAAGCGCUCGACCCGUUAUCACCGUCAGACCACCAGUAGACAACCGGGUCAAUUGCACCGUGGAAGAAGUCACCCCAGGAGGCGAAGAGCGCCGCCUCAGACCAAACGACCCCAUCCGGGCUGAAAAAGGCUCCAAGGUCCGCGUGGGAUCCAAGUUCUCUUGCAGAUGGACAGAGGGCACUCGCGAGGCCCGACAGUGCAACGAGAACCUUGAGAAGGAGGAGGAGCUAAAGGAGGAGAACACGGAACAGAAGCUCUUCAAGAUAGUCCGUGAACUCCUGCAUACGGAGAGGGCCUACGUGGCCCGCCUCCACCUCUUGGACCAGGUGUUCUGCCUGCGUUUGACAGAAGAGGCCGGACGUGGCUCCUUUCCUGCCGAAGUGGUGCGAAACAUCUUCUCCAACAUCUCGUCCAUCUACUCCUUCCACAGCCAGUUCUUGCUACCCGACCUGGAGGACUGCAUCGGGCACUGGCACGAGUGUCCAGGUUUGGGCAAUGUCCUCCUGCAGCACGCCCCCUUCCUGAGGAUGUAUGCCGACUACGUUAGGAACUUCGACCAGGCCACGGAGUUGGUGAGGAUAUGGACGGAGCGCUCGUCCGCUUUCCGCAAUAUCGUCGAGGACAUCCAGAGUCAGGAAGUGUGCGCCAGCCUCAGUCUGCAGCAUCACAUGUUGGAGCCGGUCCAGAGAAUUCCUCGCUACGAGAUGCUACUCAGGGAUUAUGUCAAGAAAGUACCCCCGAAUAACCCAGACUACGAGUUUGCGCGGCAAUCCCUGCAGACAAUUUCCAUGGCUGCCAGCCACUCAAACAGUGCCAUCCACAAAGCUGAGAGCAUCAAGAGGUUGCUGGAGAUCUACGAGAUGGUGGGAGAGGAAGAAGUGGUGAACCCCACCAACGAAUUCCUCAAGGAGGGGCGUUUGCUGAAGCUGGCCGCCAGGAACGCGUCCGCCAUGGAGCGCCACCUCUUUCUGUUCAACAACUUCCUACUGUGCUGCACGCCCAAAUUCAGCCUGGUGGGCCAGCGCUUUACGGUGCGCAGCAGAAUAGGAGUUGACGGCAUGCAGGUGCAGCAGACUACCAAUGAGGACCAUCCAUACACCUUCCAGGUUUCGGGAAAGGAGAAAACCUUGGAGCUGCAGGCCAGCUCUGAUCUGGAUCGAGAUGAAUGGAUAAAGGUGAUCCAGGACGCCAUUGACGUGUUCCAGAAGAAAAACGAGACGUUCAAGUUGGCGUCGAAGGAGCUGAAUGCGGAGGAACCGGCGGGAGAGCUGGGGCGACGCGCCCCUCGCUGGAUCCGGGACAACGAGGUGAGCGUGUGCAUGAAGUGCCGGGAGCCCUUCAACGCGCUGACCCGGCGCCGACAUCACUGCCGGGCCUGCGGCUGCGUCGUGUGCUGGAAGUGCUCCGACAACAAGGCGGCGCUGGCGUACGACGGCAACAAGCUCAACAAGGUGUGCAAAUCCUGCUACUCCAUCCUGAUGGGACAGCGAGGAGGGAGGGGGGAAAGCACCAAGAGGCCAAAAUCAGAGUUGGAGUCUUUUCCAGCUUCCUGCCUGAUCAGCAGCUUCCUGCAAUAUGGCGACAAUCCCAAAACAUGGCAGCGGGUAUGGGCCGUCAUCCCCAAAACAGAACCUCCGGUCCUCUCGGUGUAUGCUGCUCGACAGGAUGCGAAGCCCCUCUCCUGCAUUCCUAUGCUGGGCUGCACAGUCGAGGAUCCCCCCCAGGACCCCCAAGGGCAAUUGCGCUUCAACUUGAGACAAUCCAAAAGCACGCACGUGUUCACCUGCGACCACGCUGACGUCAAACGGGCCUGGCUGGCCGCCCUCAAAGCGGCCGCGGCGCCCUCCGACGACGGCGCCAGCGAGUCCAGCGGAGAAGAAUUCGUUAGCAUUUAAAAGUGGGCAACAAUCAACUGGACUGGACAACUGCGUUUUUUUUCCUCACAAGCGCUGUCGCGACUUUAUUUCUGAAAUGACUUACAGUAAAAUAAAUAAAUAGUUUUAACACGAGCGGGAUUGUCCCUUGUA